AUGUCGAAUGCUACGGUCUCAUCGACAGCAGCUUUGAAUAAUACAACUUUAACAGCAACGUUAACAACAAUAGAAACACUCACAACAACAAUAAUCGCAUCAGUAUCAUCCUCAUCCUUAUCAUCAACAACGUCAACUACUCCAGCUAAUGCAAGCACAUUUUAUGACAAUUGUUUAAGACAAUAUUCUACAUCAACAUGCCGAUUAGGUGAAUUUGUUCGUGUAAUUGCUUAUCUUUUUUUGGCUGUAUCAUUUAUUCCACAAAUAAUCUAUUUGUUUCAUCAUGGUUCAAGAUAUAUUGCCGGAAUUAGUUAUCUUUGGUUAAUUAUACGUGUACUUGGUUUGACUGCAUUGAUGGUUGCACAUGCAUUCAAUUGGCCAUCGAUAUUUGAAUUAAUUGCAAUUAUUUCAACAAUAGCUGUAUUUAUACAGAUUUUUAUACAUGCCGAUAAUCUUCAUCGACAACAAAAAAUAAUAUUAAUCGGUGGUAGUUUACUUACAUGGAUUAUAGGUGGUGGUAUUAUAUUAUUAUUGAGACAGCAUGAUAAGUUUUUAAUAUUAACUGGCUACUUACUACUUUCAGUACACAUGUUACCUCAAAUUUUACUCAAUUCAUUAUUACGAACAGCUAAAGCAUUAUCGAAAUUUUCUAUAUUAUUUUUAGCAAUGAGUGAUACACUUCUAUUUGCUAGUUUUUACACUGUCAAUGAAAGUUAUUCGUAUUUAGUUACAUCGUAUUAUGCUUUUUCAUUUUUCUUAUUUAUGUACCUUCAAAGUAUUGUCUAUUCUGAUGAAAAUGUUCAUUUAAUAUCACGUUCGGCACAUACUGUUCUUACGCCAGGUGUUAACGUAUUUACUGGACUUGAUUCGAAUGGUUCACGUAGUUUAGGACAAGAUCCACAAAUGUUUUCAAUUGAUGAUUUAGAGCCAGCUGAGGGUACCGAUGUAGUUUAUCAACCAGUUACAUCAAACAAAACUUCACACCCUAUUGCUGAGCAAACACCUGUGAAACGUGCUGUGUGGUAUGCAACAUUGGCAUCAAUUAUUGGUAUUGAAAUUGUUUUAACAAUAAUGCUUGUCGUUCGAGCUUGGACACUGUGGAUUAUUCUCGUACCUGUUUCUAUUCCUGCUUUACUUGGUAUUUUCUUUUUAUUGCGUACAAAAUUAAGUAUUUUACAAACAGAACAAUUAAGAAAAAUUCUCUAA